AAAUGUGAGGAAGCUCUUUUUAAAUAACAAGCCGAGGAGGAAGGGGGGAAUUGAGAGGUUCAAAGCCAAACGAAGGGAGAGAGCAAUCAAUAACAAGAUACGGAGAGAUACAGGAGGACGAGAACACCUCCACAAACUACUGAGGCUCUUGGACUAAAGAAGAACCGAGUCCCUUUCCUGCUCAGCCCAGUAACUCCUGGGCUCUUCUCACUUCACAAAACGCCUCACUCAAAUCUCCUGACAGCCCAAGGAGGAAAAAAGAGCAGCAUCUGUUUAUCUGCAUACUUCUAUGUUCAAGAAACAAGAGAAACAGAGACUGACAGAGGACAAAUGAGAUCUCGGAGGAUGUGGAAUUAGAGGGAACAAAUUGAUACUGGAGGACCGAAGGGAAAGUGAACCACAAAUCCACCGACGUGGAGCCACCUCACCUGUAUCUCCGGAUUAAAGAGCGGGGUCAUGUCCCAGUUGCCAUGCGCAUUGCCACGCUGACCUGCCUUCCCGGCCCUUCCCCCUUCCUCUUUCUAUUGGUCCAUCUGCUCCUGCGGCUCCUUCUCAUCCUCCACGGGCCGCAGUUAGCGGGAGCCGCCUCCACCUGCCCUUCCCUCUGCACGUGCUCCAACCAGGCCAGCCGGGUCAUCUGCACCAGGCAGAACCUGGAGCAGGUGCCCGAAAGCAUAUCAGUCAACACGCGAUACCUCAACCUGCAGGAGAACUCGAUACAGGUCAUCAAAUCCGACACCUUCAAGCAGCUGAGGCACCUUGAAAUCCUCCAGCUCUCCAAGAAUCAGAUACGCCAGAUUGAAAUCGGGGCAUUCAAUGGCCUCCCUAACCUCAACACGCUGGAGCUCUUUGACAACCGCCUCACGUUGGUGCCAACACAGGCCUUUGAUUACCUCAGCAAGCUGCGGGAGCUGUGGCUGCGCAACAACCCCAUUGAGACCCUCCCGAGCUAUGCCUUCAACCGAGUGCCCUCCCUGCGUCGCUUGGACCUGGGGGAGCUCAAAAAGUUGGAAUACAUCUCAGAUGCAGCCUUCGUGGGCCUCGUCAAUCUACGGUACCUGAAUCUGGGCAUGUGUGGGCUCAAAGACAUUCCUAAGCUGACGCCUCUCGUGCGUUUGGAAGAGCUGGAGUUGUCGGGGAACCGUCUGGAUAUUAUUCGUCCGGGAUCCUUCCAGGGUCUGGUGUCUCUUCGGAAGCUGUGGCUUAUGCACUCGCAGGUUUCUGCCAUUGAGCGCAAUGCCUUCGACGACCUGAAAAACCUGGAGGAGCUUAAUCUGUCCCAUAACUCACUGCGCUCCCUGCCUCAUGAUCUUUUCACACCCCUUCACCAGCUGGAGAGGGUGCACCUCAAUCAUAAUCCCUGGGCCUGCAACUGUGAUGUACUUUGGCUUAGUUGGUGGUUGAAGGAGACGGUGCCCAGCAACACCACCUGCUGUGCCCGAUGCCAUGCUCCUCCACUACUCAAGGGCAAGUACAUUGGGGAACUUGACCAGAGCCACUUCACCUGCUUUGCUCCUGUCAUUGUAGAGCCUCCUACCGACCUCAAUGUCACCGAAGGGAUGGCUGCUGAGCUGAAGUGUCGCACAAGUACCUCCACAACGUCAGUUAACUGGAUUACGCCUAACGGCACACUGAUGACCCAUGGGUCUUAUCGGGUGCGGAUAUCCGUUCUUCACGACGGCACACUGAACUUCACAAACGUCACCCUGAGGGAUACGGGCCAGUACACCUGCAUGGUCACCAACGCUGCUGGAAACACCACAGCUACCGCCGUUCUCAACGUGUCUGCUGCUGAUGCCAGUGUCAACUACACCUAUUUCACCACCGUUACUGUGGAAACAGAUAACGGAGGAGCUAAUGAUUAUGCACAGGUUUCCAUUGACGAGGCCAGCAUUCCCAUUCCUUCGGACCUGUUGCCAGAAGUGGUUCCUACCACCGCCUCCUCUCUGGCUGGCGGCUGGUCGUCCUCCUCUCCCCGGACAACUCAACCCACGUUCACUGUGCCGUUCACGGAGCCGGGAUUCUCUGGCCUGGACGAUGUGAUGAAGACCACCAAGAUCAUCAUUGGCUGCUUUGUAGCCAUCACCUUCAUGGCAGCAGUGAUGCUGGUGGUGUUCUACAAGCUGAGGAAGCAGCAUCAGCUGCACAAACACCACGGCCCUGCUCGCGCCAUUGAGAUCAUCAACGUGGAGGACGAGCUGGGACCCGGGGCAAGUGGCCGGGGCAGCGGUAUCUCCGGAGGAUCCACUGUGACACAGAGCGCGGGCGGUGGAAUAGGCGGGAGCCAGAGCCUUCGGUUGCACCACCCGGAGAUUGUGAACCUACCCAACCUGGCACGGUCGGAUCACCUCAACCACUACUACAAAACACAUCACUUCAACAGCAACAUGAUGGGCCUGGGAAUGGGCACAGGGUCAGGAGUGGGCCUCAACAACAACAACAACCCCUCGCCGUGCUCUCAGUCGCAGAGCAUAUCCUGCUCCCAGGUCCCAUCCAGCACCGGUGGGGGGACGUCCACUUGUGGCACCCUGCCCUCCACCGUAGCCCUGCCUCAGCUGGGUCUACACAGCUCUCUGAAAGGCCUGAUGGGAAAAGGCCAGAAUGAGCCGCUGCUUUUUAAGAGUGGCUCAAAGGAAAAUGUGCAAGAGACUCAAAUCUAAAAAGGUUUGAGGUAAGACAGAGUAGAUGUUAAAGAGAGACCAUUUGAGAGUGAUUGUAGCCCAAUGUCCUUAGGGACAAUCUUUAGAAAGGCUCUACAUAACCUUUAUUUUGUGGUGGCCCUUUGUUAACAGAUAGUAAGACAAAAGGAGACAGUAGACCAGUCCCUUAAACAGCAUUUGCACAGUCCCAAAUGUCAGAAUUACUCAUUGUGUGCAGCGUGAUACGGUCUUUGCCAAAGCUCGAGAUCAAGCCUUUUCUCUCAGCGGACAGAUGUGAACAAUGCACGCGUGCGGCGAGCCCUUCAAGGAUGUAUACAGAUUGCUUCGUACAUUUCCAGAUGCAUUCAGUGUAUAUAUUUGGAGGGAGACGUGAUAAUGGCCAUUGAACACGUUGUCAGAUUAGUGUUUGGCAAAGCCAGGGAACAAACAAUGAUUUGUGCGAGCGGGCGGUCCCAGGUUUUCAGAAGAGGCGACAUGAGAGCAGAGCAGCAAGGCCGCUUGGAAUAUCGGAGGAACAAGAAGUGGUUUUGCUCUUCGCUUUAUCACGGCUUUUCAAUUUUACACCUUACUGGUUACUGUCUUCUUUGGGAGAGGGGAAAUAUCACGAAGGAAUGAAGGACAAGAUUAAGGAGAUAUGAAAAAAAAAACUGAAGAUACAUAUUAUAUAUACCGUAAAUAUAUUUUCAUUCAAAUAAAUAAAUAAAUUAUGAAAAAUCUUUAUCAAGCAAAUGAGUGACCACUACGACGACUGAAGAAUAUAUAUAUUUAAAAAAAAAAAGUUUUAAAAACAUGCCCUGUCGUUUUAGUAGACCAACCCCUGGUUACUACUUUUCCGAACUGCUCUUCCUCUGGAUAAACAUGAAACAGCGGAGUUACAACGCAAACCUGGCAAAAACAAAAAAAAA